CAUCAUUCAUACCGAAUAUCCCAAUCAGCGGUGUUGUUAAAGGUCCCUUACAUAGCUAGCUAACACGAAUAAAAAAAGAGCGACGUGUUGUUAGUUUACAUUAUGGAUAAAAAUACGACGAGAUACAAUGUACAACUAUAUAUUUAUGAUUUAUCAAGAGGAAUGGCUCGCAGCCUUAGUCCUAUCAUGUUAGGAAAGCAGCUGGAUGGUAUAUGGCAUACAGCUAUAGUGGCAUAUGGCGAUGAGUUCUUCUUUGGAGGGGAGGGGAUCUCCAGCUGUUCGCCGGGUGGGACAAUGUUGGGUCCUCCGGAUACAGUGGUGGAGCUGGGUGAGACUGAAGUGUCUGAGGAGAUCUUCAUGGAUUACCUGUCAUCGCUGGGAGAAAGCACAUACAGAGGUGACAGGUAUCGUCUGUUUGAGCACAACUGCAACACCUUCACCAAUGAAGUGGCGCAGUUCCUGACAGGACGGUCAAUCCCCUCCUACAUCACUGACCUUCCCUCUGAAGUCCUCUCCACGCCGUUUGGCCAGAUACUACGGCCUAUUCUGGACUCCAUCCAUAUCGCCCCUCCAGGAGGUAAUGUCAUCAACGGAGGAAGAAACGUCUAACAUGAGCGAUCAGCGGAGUGUUCUCAAGGUCACUUCCAUAGUAGUCAGUCAGCAAGAAGCCUCAAACUAAUCUAACGUUUUCUAUCAUCCAUUUUGCUUCUCUUGUCUGUGUUUGUGUCAGUGCACUCCCGCACUGAUGUCAUUGCAGUUGUGGAGGCUACAAUGGAUAACUGACCACUUAAAUCACUUCUAUCACCCAUAAAUUAACUUCUGUUCCCUCUUUAAAUGUCUAGUUGUUGCUGAGUAUCGUCUUGGUCAGAUUGUAGUAUUUUGAUGAGUUCUAAGAAUGAACAGAUUUUUGGAUUAAACCAGCUUUGCCAAAUCAAUUAAAUUAUGUAAUAACACCUAAUGUUCACUUCAGUUAAAAUCUCAUCUGUGCCAGGUCAGAUAUUCCAGGAUUUAACUGCUCACAUAGUGAAAAGUAAAAUAUUUGCAUGUAUUAUACUGAAUUAAUCAUUUAUUUGCACUGUUAUGAGGGCGUCUUAAUUUUUUUUUUUAAAUUUGUAUUUCUAUUGAGCAAAACUUUAUAACCCUACAUCAAAACUAAGCACUUUUGUUCCACUACAUUUACCUGAGAGCUGUACUUAAACCACCCACAACAUGCAAAUACCUCUUGCAGUUCAGUGCACCAAGGAUAUUUAGUGUUUUAAUUAUUACACUAAACUACAAAACACUCCCACUUCAGUAUUGAAGUGUUUAGUUGAUUUUUGACACUAUUGCCGACAUAUCAAACCUCUUCCACAGUGAGUGAAUCACAUGCUGCCCAAACUGUCCUUAUGAGGAUCACCUGCUGCUGACUACAAUGGAAUUAAUGUAGAGGUGUUUAAUAUAUACAUUUUAAACAGAGGCAGGUUAAUGAAGGAUGGUUGCAUUUGGAGGGUCUGUUACUGUCAACCACAAUUUUAAAUUUUUUUUUUUUUUUUACACUUUCAUGUUAUACUUUCUUUUAGGUAGCACAUCAGCAAUCCUUUUAUACCUGAAAUACCUUAUCAUUUGUUUCAGUUGAAAUCAGCUCCUUUGUGAUUAGUUCUUUACUGUACAUUAUCAUUCCAUCAGGUAGUUUUUCAUAUGACAAAACAGCAGGUGCCGAACUUGAACUGAGUUUAUAAAACUGAAGGUGACUUUAAAAAGAGAAAUGUAUUAAGUGUGUAUCUCUGUGUAAGGAUUGCAGUCGGUUCACUGUGAUCCAGGCAGAAAAAUGAGAAGAAACAGGAGGCCCUACAGCAGUUUUUGACUACUUCUAAGACAUUUGAAUAAGUUUGUCUUUUUCUAAGUGGGGGUUUUGGUUUUAAAUCGAUCAUCUGAUGAAAAUAAACUGCAGCACAGCCCCAUUACGUGAUAUACACUGUUUGCGGUGCCUCUUGGCCUGAGGUAUCAGCUCCAGAGGGAGACGCUGAUCAUAGAUACAUUUUCUUAAACAAUUUUCUAACUUAUAUUCCAGUUGCCAUCUGAGUUAUUCUAAACACAGCAUAUUCAGAUAUUUUGUUUUCUAUAUAAAGGUGACCAUAUACAGGGUAAUGUCUCAGCAUUGCUUUGUUUACUACCAACUUAAUACUGUACCAACCUGCUUAAGUCCUUUAAGAGCCACCAGAGUGUGUUUAAUACCCAAAACACCUCUGUGCCUUCAUUUCCCUUCGCUUGGCUACAGUCAUGCUGUACUGUUGAUGGUUGCCAUUGUUAUCAUAUAACACAGAUGGUGCGAUAAUGCUUUAGUUUACGAAGGCUGAGCAAACAUAUAAAAACACACCUAAAAUGUACAAAUUUAAAAUAGAUUAACUAUCGCCAUACACUACCAAGCGUUCCAGAUUAAACAUCUGGAUCCAGUAUCUGUCGCAGCCUAUAAUCUCUACAGUGUCACGGUGCAUUAAACGCUGCACUCUGCCAUCAGAGAACGUGUACAGUAGCUGUGUAAUUUCAAGAUAAUACAUAGCCUAGAUCAAGUGUUUAUCUGACUAAAAUAUAUUUCCGCAUUGAACCUCAUGAGCCUUCGCUGCUUAAACUCAAUAAAGGAUUAAAGAAGCACAGAAAAACAAGGAAGCUCAAAGAGUGAUUAAACCAGCAUUAACUCUCGCUAUGUUCUCCUGCAAUAAAUACAACUCAUACCUACUGUAACACCACCAGGUACUCUUUGUAUUUGUAUGCCUGCACAAGAAGAUUGAAUGUGCAGGCAUUAUAAAACUUUAUUUAAAUACUGACAGUGACGUUUUAACAGCUGAGCUACUUUUAGAGUGAAUCAAAUUGAGUUUUAAUGUAAAAUUCCCCUUCAGGAGGACUCAAAAGCUCAGGUGUGUCUGGGGUCUGUUAUUUUGCCUUGUGAUAAUCAGCUGACUGACGCUAACCUGACCACUGAAAUGUAUUACUGCACAAGUCACCCUCUGUUGCUCUGGUGUGUGUUGUUGCGGGCUGCUUCCUUUAAUGUGCAAACCAAUAUUUAUGGAUAUUAUUCCCUAUUUAUGUAAUCUAACUAUGAUAGAUAUGUUUAUGCAUAUUGUUUGUAUUUGUGUAAUUGUUUUGUAAUUCUACCUACAUAUAAAGCCAUUGACUGCAAACCUCA